AUGCAGAUCUCCCGUUUCAUAUCAGAGGACCAGGAGAACUACUCAACUUCCUUUUCCGAUAAGACAUCCCAAAACAACAUCCACGGAGUCUCACAUAAUCAGGCAGAAGAGAGCAGCUCUGUUUCAUCAAAAUUUAGCAGGUCCAUCCACCCCACCCCGACCCCCAACACCCGUCCAAACAGCACUUCCAAAGCAGUGUGGUUGUUGGUACAGGACGGAAGGAGGAGAGGGAAACGCAAGACGCAGAGGCAAUGCAGUGAAGCCCGGCUGAACUCCACAGUUAGGCCACGAAAAAGGAAGCGAGGAGACGGCUAG